CAUAAAAUCCCACUAUCUCAGCUACUCUUCCCUUCAAACGAGAGAGAGCGAAAUAGAGAGCCGCAGCAGCAGAGAAAACAAUGGUGUCAGGCUCAGGAAUCUGCGCGCGGCGGGUGGUGGUGGACGCCCGCCACCACAUGCUGGGUCGGCUCGCCUCGAUCCUGGCCAAAGAACUCCUCAACGGCCAGAAAGUGGUGGUGGUUCGCUGCGAGGAGAUAUGCCUCUCGGGCGGCCUCGUCCGUCAGAAGAUGAAGUACCUCCGCUUCCUCCGCAAGCGCAUGAACACCAAACCCUCCCACGGCCCCAUCCACUUCCGCGCCCCCGCCAAGAUCCUCUGGCGCACCAUCCGCGGGAUGAUUCCGCAUAAGACUAAGCGAGGAGCGGCGGCGUUGGCGAGGUUGAAGGCGUACGAGGGUAUUCCGACGCCGUACGACAAGAUCAAGAGGAUGGUUAUUCCUGAUGCUCUUAAGGUUCUGAGGCUUCAGGCUGGACACAAGUACUGCUUGUUGGGAAGGCUUUCAUCAGAAGUGGGAUGGAACCAUUAUGACACCAUCAGGGAGCUGGAGGAGAAGAGGAAACAGAAAUCCCAGGUCGUGUAUGAAAGGAAGAAGCAGCUGACGAAACUAAGAAUCAAGGCUGAGAAGGCGGUAGAGGAGAAGCUUGGUUCCCAAUUAGAGAUACUUGCUCCUGUUAAGUACUAAUUUUGUUGGCAGACUCUUAGUUAAGAAUUUUGUGAGCUUUAUUUGCUGAGAAGAAGCGUAGUUCCCAGUUAGACUUCCUUGCUCCCGGCAAGUAGUACUUGGUUUCUUCAGACUUGGUUUGUUGUCAAGUUCAUUUUUUGUGCUUGUGGAUUUACCAUAAAUCUUAUGACUUCGAGCAGUUGUCUUGAUAAUGCAUGUGGUUUUUGUAUGGUUUCUAUAAA